AUGAAGUGUAAUUUGACGCGGCUGGUGAGAUGUAUCAUUGUCGUUGUUAUCACCAUCCUCUUCAUCAACGUCGCCGUCUUCCUCAAUUCAGCCCAGGGCCCUUUGUCCAGGGGCAUUGAAGAGGGGUUUCUGCCGGUGCUUCGGAGGUUGGGAGGGGGCGAUUCUCACAGAACAUACGAGUCCACAACGACUGCGCCCCUGAGGCUCAACUCCUCGACCACCUGUCCCGGCCUUCAAAUGUUGGAGCUGCCCAGAGCCGGAGUAUUCCAGGAAGUCAUAGGACGCAGUAUGUAUGUUUAUUCAGCUUUCCUGGACCAGGGCGCGGUGAGAAUGGUCGGUUUGAUGGAAGAAAAUGUUGUUGUCACUCCUCUCACAUGUCAGUUGUGGUUCAAUGUUAAAGGUCGUGACCCGCUCGUCCUGACUCCUGCCACGUGGGAAAGUAUGCCAGAGAAUCAUGGGAGGAGAUACACAGCUGUGAUGAUACACUGCCCGAUUUCGUGUUCUACAACCACUCUUCGGGUCCCAAUGUUGACAAGGUUUUAG